CUCAUUUCCACUCAAAAAUUUUCGUAAGUCCAUACAGCACCACAAAGAAAAAAAAUUAUCUCAGUUUUUCUUCAAUUUCUGUCCAUCAUGGACUCAUUUGAAAUACAGAAAAAUUCAGAGUUUGGAAGAUAUUUGAUAGCAACUAGAGAUUUGCAACCUGGAGAAUAUUUAUUUGAGGAUACUCCAUUUGCUAUUGGUCCAAAAGCAAGAACAAGUUGUUGCUGUCUAGAAUGUUACUGUCCAGUUUUAGGAACCGCUUCGGGAAGUCGAUGUGAAAAAUGUUCGUGGCCUCUCUGUGCUGAUUGCUCAAAAUUGACUAAAUUGACUGCUCACAAACGCGAAUGUGAAGUUUUUCAAGCAGCAAAAUGUAAAUUUUAUAAUUUACCAGACCCAAAUGUUAGUUGUAUUCAACUGGAUUGCAUCACACCUUUGAGGGUUUUAUUAGAACGAGAAGCAGAUAUGGAUAGAUGGAACAUUGAAGUAUAUCCAAUGGAGGAUCAUCGUGACAAAAGAUUUGAAACAGACGCUUGGGAUGCUGAUCAGCAAAACAUUGUUGGAUAUCUGCUAGGUCCAUGCAAAUUAAAGGAUAGAGGAAUUACUGAGGAAAUAAUACAGAAAGUAAUUGGAAUAUUGGAAGUUAAUACAUUCGAAGCCAAAACAAUCAAAGGUUAUUCUAUUCGAUGUCUCUAUACAAAACUUGCAAUAUCGUCACAUUCAUGCAUACCCAAUACAACACAUGCAAUCCAUCCGUCAGACAAUUACAAAAUGCAUGUACGAGCAACGACAGUUAUUCCAAAAGGCUCACAACUCUAUUCAUGCUAUACUUAUACACUAAAUGGAACAAUGGAUCGUCAACAGCACUUGAUGGAAGGAAAAUAUUUUCAAUGUCAUUGUGAAAGAUGCUCAGAUCCAACAGAACUAAGAACACAUUUUAGUUCUAUGAAAUGUCGUGAUUGCCUUUAUGGCGAUGUCGAUUCUUCUAAUCCAUUAGAUGCGGAAGCAAUAUGGAAAUGCAACAAGUGUCCUAUGGAAAUUCCAGCAGAAAGUAUAAGAGAAUCGUUGAAGGCACUUCAGAAUGAAAUCGAAUGUACAAACUCUGUUGAGUUUUUAGAAUUUUCUCUGGAAGAAUAUGAAGGCAUUCUACAUCCAAAUCAUUACAUUAUGAUAUCAAUGAAAAGUGCUCUCAUCGAUAGCUACGGUCACAUGAAGAGCUAUUUGUUAGCAGAAUUACCCGACAUAUUGUUGCACAGAAAAAUUGAACUAUGCGAGGAACUGCUUUCUAUUCUUGACAUUUUUGAAAAAGGCAUGUCUCGUGCUCGAGCUUUAAUGAUGUAUGAGUUACAUGCACCAAUAGUUUUGUAUGCAAGAUCACAAUACGAUAUUGGACACUUAACCAAACUGGAAUAUUUGGAGCAAUUAGAGAAAGCACGUAGAAUAUUAAAUGAGAGUCGAGAAAUCCUUGAAUGGGAGGACGAAAAUGUUUGCACUGCAAAAGCAUUUUCUUUGAAAUCAUUAAAAUAUUUGGACAGCCUAAUUGUGAAUGUAAAAAAUUGUGAAGAACUUUAAUGAAUAAAAUUGUUUGCAGAGUGCGUUUUAGUAACAUCUGUUGCUUUCAUACAUACAUAUCCUUACUCAAACGUUGUAUCUAUUCUUAAUACUUUCACACUUACAUAUAUGACUGAUUCCUAUUAAUUUAUACAAUUACGGAUUAAAU